AUGCGUCUUGCGAUUGAACUUGGGUGGCAGUCAAUCAUUAUUGAGAGCGAUUGUCUGCAUAUUACGGAGUCCCUUAAAGAAGUUGUGGCCACUUCAGCUCCUUAUGGUAUUUUUAUUGAGGAUUGUCUUACUGUUUUACCACUUUUUCAAUGCUGCAUUUUCUCGUUUGUCAAAAGUACCGGUAACUGCUUGGCUAAUGCCAUUGCAAAAGCUACUGACCUUAAUUGUAAUGAAGCCCCCGAUCCAAUCACGAGCCCCCGAAUAUCGUUCUCCUCCGAUUUUCUCGACGAGAGCAACUUCAUCACAAUAUGCCCUAAUCAACACAAGUCAAUACAUCCCUUCAACUCCGAAUUCGAGUUUCUCUCAUCAAGAAACGAUAACUCAACAAACAUAUCGAUGAGUACGGCCGACGAAUUGUUCUGCGAAGGCAAGUUACUUCCCUCGAAGCUCAACAGAAUCAAUUUGAUACCGGAGAAUAUUCCCGAACGGGGCAGAAUCAGCUGGUUCGUCGACGAUGAUCCUUCCCCUAGACCCCCGAAAUGCACUGUCUUGUGGAAAGAGUUGUUGACCAGGUUGAAAAAACAACAUGGGCCCACUAAUUUGUCGGAAUCUUCUAGAACUUCACCAGGUGAUCAUGUUGUAAAUAAUAAGGAGAAGUGUGUGAAGAGAGUUAUCAAGAAAUUAGGGCAAGAGAAAAAAAGAUCAAUUAGUGGAAGAGUAAGGCCAGUGCUUAAGGGAAGGUAGAUUAAUAUUAAUUAAUUAAUUAUAAUUAAUUAAUUAUAAUUAUUGUGGAAAUGUUGUUUUUUUCUUCUUCGAUUCGUUUACUUGUUUCGAUUUCGUGUUUGUGGCGUCUUCUUACGUAUGAAGUGAUUUUAAUUCGCAAUUAAAUUAAUCUUGAUGAAUUGGUAUAUUAGAUGAUG